GGUGGGAUCUGGAGCCGAGUUCCAGAGAAAUAUGCUGAAACUUCAGGGGGACUACUACCUCGCUGGCUUCUUUCCGCUCCACGACAAUAUCCGGACCAAAAGGGAAAGGCCCAUCUUGGAAGACUGCAAACUAGGAACAGAAAACAAGCAUGGCUACCACCUCGCCCAAGCCCUGAGGUUCGCUGUGGAGGAGAUUAACAACCGAACAGGGCCGUACCCCAGCCUUCUCCCAGGGGUACGGCUCGGCUACCACCUCUACGACACCUGCGCCAUCCAGGCUGGCGUCUUGGCCAGCGUGGACGUGAUGCAGGACCAGGAGGAGAUAUUGCGGCCGCGACCAGGCUCCAGUCCGCCCGACGACAGCCCCAUGGUCGUCAUCGGGCCGGACAGCAGCAGCAGGACCAUGCCCACUGCCGUGCUUUUGGGGGCCUAUCUUGUGCCUCAGAUCUCCUACGAAGCAUCCAACGAAAUGCUGAGCAACAAGGCGGUCUACCCGUCGUUCUUCCGCACCAUUCCCAGCGACACGAUCCAGGUAUCUGCUAUGAUACAGGUCCUGAAGCGCUACAGGUGGACCUGGAUCGCCCUCCUGGGCAGCGACAACGCCUACGGGCUGCAGGGAAUGCAGAGCCUGUCCCAACAGUCCGCCUACCACGACAUCUGCAUCGCCUACCAAUCCGUGCUACCCCGACGCACGGCUGCCAACACCCAGAUGCUGAGGAACAUGGUGGAUGCCAUCCUGAGGACCAACGUCAAAACCAUCGUCCUGUUCUCCAGCAAGUCCCGACUCCAGGGCUUCUUCCCGUUGGUGGUGGAGCGCAACGUGACGGGGAAAAUCUGGCUGGGCAGUGAGGACUGGAUCGCCUCCGCCCUCAUCGCGGACAUCCCUGGUAUCAGGACCCUCGGCACCUUCCUGGGAAUGUCGGUCAAGUUCCAGAUUAUUCCUGGCUUUGGGGGUUUCGAGAGGAAAAUGCAGGAGAUGUCGAGGCAUAUCGACCGCAGUGAAUUCUCCAGGCUUCCGCUCGGCCCUCUGGGCGAGUGCCUUCAGACCUCCGACGGGUACGUCCUGGCGGCCAGUGAUCACCCGAUGGACUCCUACGACUUUGCGUCCUCCUUCAACGUGUACAGGGCGGUGUAUGCGGUGGCUCAUGCGCUUCACAAAAAGCUAGGGUGCGACGUCGGAGGGUGCCAAGCGAGGACCAUUAACCCCUGGCAGCUCCUGCCACUGCUUAAGAAGGUCACGUUCAGCGUGGGCAACUCAUCCAUGUACUUUGAUGAGAACGGAGACCCGCCCACAGGAUAUGACAUUGUGGCCUGGCUGUGGAGAGGAAGUCAGUGGAUUGUCAAAGAAGUGGGCUCCUACACCCCUUAUCCUAGCUCGCUGACAGUGAACACCUCUCUGAUCGAGUGGUCCCUUCCUGCGGACGCCACGUCAGCAGGGCCGGAUGGACAGGUUCCUAAUUCCAUGUGCUCUCCGGACUGUGAUUUCGGCCAUCGAAGACUGCAGACUGGACAACACAAGUGCUGCUUCGACUGCCUGGCCUGUCCCGCUGCUACAUUCCUCAACAAAUCCGGAGCCUCCAGUUGCCAGCCCUGCCCUGAAAAGGAGUGGGCGCCCCCGAAGAGCGAGAAGUGUCUGCAAAGGACCCUGCUGUUCCUGGCCUGGGACACCCCCCUCUCCGUCGCCCUGCUCCUCCUGCUGGCCGCCACUCUGCUGCUGACCACGGGCUCGGCCGUCAUCCUGCUGCUCCACCUCGACACCCCGGUGGUCAAGUCGGCGGGCGGCCGCACCUGCAUCGUGAUGCUGGCGUCGCUGACGGCGGCGGCGGCCAGCGCCCUGUGCCACUUCGGCCUCCCCACCCGGCCGGGCUGCCUCCUCAAGCAGCCUCUGUUCGUGGUCAGCUUCGCCGUGUGCCUGGCCUGCGUCACGGUCCGCGCCUUCCAGGUCGUCUGCAUCUUCAAGUUCGCGUCGCGGCUGCCCAUGCUGUACGACCGCUGGGCCAAGAACCACGGGCCCGAGUACACCAUCCUGGCGGUGUCGGCCGCCGUGCUGUGCGUCUCGGUACUGCGCGUGGCGGCGGACCCGCCCGAGCCCUCGGCCGACCUGCGCUUCUACCCCGACAGCAUCGUGCUGGAGUGCAGCCACACGCUCUCGCCGGGCUCCUGGGUGGAGCUGGCGUGCGCCUCGCUGCUCAGCGGCCUGUGCUUCACCCUCAGCUACAUGGGCAAAGACCUGCCGGCCAACUACAACGAGGCCAAGUGCGUGGCCUUCAGCCUGGUGGUGUACAUGAUCAGCUGGAUCUGCUACUUCACACUCUACCUCAUCAGCCGGGACGCCUUCACCAUGGCGGUCAACGUCUUCGCCAUACUGUCCAGCGUGCUGGGCGUCUUCGGCGGCUACUUUCUGCCCAAGGUGUACAUCAUCAUAUUCAGACCACAGAUGAACACCUCGGCCCAUUUCCAGAACUGCAUCCAGAUGUACACCAUGAAUAAGCAAUGAUUAGAGUGUGUUUCAAAAGUGCUACACCCCCCAAUCUACAGCUAUGGUAGUGAUCCCAAACAGAACUUUAACAAGCGCCUCACAAACAUGAAGUAAACAGUUAAUCACAGUGGGGGUGGCUUAGUGGUUAUAGCUAUAGACAAUAGGUUGUGGGUUUCGAACCCACAGGUAUACCUGCAGGCAUCCUUGAGCAAUAUGCCUAAUCCCUACCUUCUCCUUAAUGUGUUUAUGAAUGCACUGUAUGUCGCUUUGGAUGAAAAUAAUCUAUAAUAGGGAAAAGUACGAAGGCAGAUGUCAUGAUGCUGCCCAAUUAAAACAAUUUGGUGAUGAGA